UCCACUGCGCAAGACAAGUUUUGUUUUGUUUUGUCAUUUAAAAGUAACGUUCGCGUGUAAACAUGAAGAUAUGUUUAUGCUUUAUUUCUGACGUAUUUGAAUAUAUUAAUGCUUGAGUUUGGAAACGCUAUGAGAGAUGUACCUACAAAGUAUUUUAUUCUUGAGCGUCUUUGUUUUGCUGACUUUUUGUCAAUAAUAACCUGAAGAAAUAGGGCAUUUCGUAACAUGGAGAUUCUAAUGUGACCCGACGAUGAUACAGCUGGUCUGUCAUCUCUAAACUUGGAAAAUUUUGGUUUAAUUGAUUGGAAUUGAUUGUGUUAUUUUAAGUAUGAAUUUUGAAUAUUCGGUAUCCUGAUAUGAUACAUUUAACAUGGAGCACAGAAAUCGACGUAAUCUGGAUGACGAUAGUGAUCGAGUUGUUAUUUGUAGCAGUGCUUCAUAUUGUUAUUUCACGCUUUCAAUUUUGUUAUUUUCGAUUGGUACUGUAAUUACAAUUUUAGCAUUAGAUGAAACUGAUGGUGUGUUUUCGAGUCUAACUCAUAUGUGGCUCGUAGGUCCACUCUUCAUUAGUUCUGGUUUGAUGGUCGCUGUGAAAACAAUUAUGUACUUGCGAAGAGAAACUAUGAUUAUGUUUUUAACUAGGCAGAGAACUUUAUUAAGAGAAUUUCAAUACCCAUCUUUGGAAAUUGCAUGUUCAAGGAGUUGCAGCAAUUUAACAAGGCCACCAUCUUAUGAUACAGUAAUUGGAGGAAAUCAGCAAGCUUCUCAGUUAGUUUCAGACCAUGAUAUUAAUAUGAAUCUUGAUGGAAGAUCUUUGAAUGUUGAAAAUCCACCGCCUUCAUAUGAAGAAGCUGUUCUUCUCAUUAAUCAAAGGCAAAAUGAUCAUAUAAUUGAAACUUAAGUUUCUUGAUAUAUAUUGUAGUAUUUUUUUGCAUUUAAUUAUUUGAUUGCAUUUGGCACAUGGAAUGGCAGCUUAUAGUUUUUUUUUUUAUUUUUUUUAUUUAUAAUGUAUUUGUUAUAGAUCUGCUCUGUUCAUUGUUAUUUCAAAUGAUAACAGUAUUACAUUUAUGAUAUAUUUUUAUUUGAAUCAAAAUUACUGCAUGUAAAUUUUUUAAAUAAUUUUAGAAUUAUGUGAUAGAUUUUUUUUUGUUAUAACCUAUGUUAGGUGUGCACAGUUCCUUUACUGUUAUAUACAUGAUAUAUAUUUAUAUACAUUAUAAAUGGUGUUAAGCUUCAGAAGAAAAGUGUAUUAUAUAUAGAGCAUUUAUUAAAGUAAAGGAUAUGUAAUUUGUAGGUUUAUUCUUUUGAAAUUACAUUCGUUUUGUUUUAUUCUGUAUAAUUCUGUCUUUCAUUCUUUUAAAUCAGAGUUAAAAGCUGCUGGUCAGACUCUCUGAUUAAAACCUCUUAUCCCUUUCUUUUUCUGUGUAAAAAUUAGAAAAUAGGAGUUUGUUUUUUCUAUUUUGAAAUUGAAAUAGAUUGCCAGUGUCAUAAUACAUUUUAUUUUUGAAAUUGUUAUGGAUAGUUCUAGUUAAGUCAUCUUAUCUCAAAAUAUGUAUUGCAAUUUUAUUUUCAUUGGUACAAAAGUUUAUCAUAUUUAUUUAAUGAAAUGAAAUUGCUUUUGUUAUACAUAACUCCAUCGCAUACUUCAUUUUCCCACACAUUUAUUGCUUGUGAAAAAAGUUCAGCAAAUAUUAAGAAAAAUAAUUAAAAGAUAUAUAUAUAUAUAUAUAUAUAUAGCUUAUGCCAUGUUUUUGAAUAUUGCUGAAUUUUCGAAUUCCAUGUAGCUUUUAUAAAUAGUCUACAUACCUAUAAAAUGUUUAUGAUACUGCUACAUAGUAAGCUUUACCAGACUGAAGUCCCAGUUAAAUUACGCUAUUAUCAUUGUAUGAGAUUUUUUUAGUGGGGAAAUAAUAGUAAGAAUGAAUAGUCAUUACACUAACAGUCUCAAGUAAAAUAGAAUCUACUUAUUCACUAGAAUGCUAAUAAAUUUUUGAAAUUUAUAGAUAAAAAAAAGACAAUAUAAAAUGUACAAGCAAUUAAAAUGUAUUUUCUUAAAUUUGAAUUUGGUGUAGGUUCAUGUUACCUCUUUUAUUAUUGUUUACAUUUGGUACAAAUAUUUUUAGUUUUUCAUUGAAAUUUAUUCGUUUAUCCUAUCUUUCAACAUAACAGGUAAAUAACAGGUAUAUUAAAGAAUAUCUUUGAGCCGAAUGUAGUAAAAUAUUAUUUUUUAAAUAUUUUAUUUUUCUAUUAAUGUAAGCAAAUUGAGCAAAAUAUAUUUUAAUUGAACUUUUUUGCAGUGCUUAUUCAGAGAUCAAUUGUUAUAUUUGAUCAAAGCAGUGGAUUAUUGGUUACAUUGUGUGAUUCAGCCUUGCAAAGAAAUCCAAUUUAUUUACAAACUCCGUCCUGCUGUAACGGUAAAUGUUGUUGAUUCUAAAAUAGGUAUUUGGUUUGUUGCAAGAUGCCUUAGUGGUUACAGCUUAUUCACUGAGUACAAAAUCACCAACUCAGAAUAUUCUUUAAAUUUCGUUUUAUUUCUCUAUAGAAAAUCAAUACUAAGUGCAGAUUAUGACCUGUACAUUCAGUUUAAAAAUAUCUUAAAGUGCUUUAUAUUUUAGAUUUCACUGCCAGUAUCUGUAUCAGAACAGAAUUUGCAAAAAUUGCAAAAGGUCUGUUGAUUUAUAUGUUAUGAUAACUUAGGGAGUCUGUACUUCAGAUUGUUCAAUGUAAUUUUUUUUAAAAAUAAACGUUUUUCUGACUAGUGCCUUGAUUUAAAGCAUUUCAUUGUAUUAUUUAAAUUUUGUUUUUUCUUCCUAAUAAUUGAUACUACAAUAGUUAAUUUUGUUUCCUUGCAUGCACACACACACAUAUGUGUGUGUGUAUAUAUAUAUAUAUAUAUAUAAUAUAGGGAUUAUAAAAGUUUUUUUUAAGUUGAGAAAAAGAGGAAUGUAUAGUACUUCUAUUACAGUAUCUAUCACUUAAUGCAACUGCAAUAUCCACUCAUGUUAUUGAAAUCCUGCAGUGAUGAGAAUUUUAAGUGCCAUAUGUCACUUCUAAUGUUCAUACAAUUGUUUAAAUUUGUUAUUUUUUAAAGCACUAAUUCAUACUUUGAAUAUUGAAACACAGACACAUUAAUAUUCUUAUAUAUAACAGUCUUUCAAAUUUACUUCUGAUCUUGUUAAGUAUUUGAUGUCAAGAAAAUCUUUAAGUUUUUUAGAUUUAUAAGAUUAGAGGUGAAUGCAAAAUGUUUACAUCAACUGGCUGGCCAUCCUUUAACAUUUAAUACUUUCCUUAAAGAACUGAGAAUUGCUUGAUGCAUUGUUUGUGAAGAAUGCUAUAAAGUUGAGAGGAUUAAAGGAAUAUAAAAUGCUAUCCUGAGAUAAUAAAUUCGAAAAUUUUAUUGACAAAAAUUUUGAAUCGAAUAUUAACAUAUUUUUCACACACAGCAAGUUUUCAAAAACUGCCUUAACUGAAAUUUGUUUUCAUUUUUCACUCAUAGUGUUUUCAUUAGGUUAAGGCUAUUAGAAUUCAGAUUCGAAUAUGAUUGCACUAAGUGGCAUUACUGUAUUAUAAUUUACUGUUAAAGAAGGAUAUUUAAUUAAAGGAAAAUAAAUAUUUAUCUCAUUUCAAAUUGAAUAUUUUAUAUAAGGUGAAAAAUAAUUUAUUGUUACUAAAUUUUAUUGCACUAUUUUAAGUUAUUCUUUUGAAUCCCAUUGUAAGCCAUGUCAGCUGUGAGUGAAUAUUUUUCUGGUCUGCACUUAACUAUUGUUAAUUUUGAAUUUUCAUUUUCUGUAAAUACUAGCUUAUAAUAGUAAUACAUUUUUAGAAGUUUGUGAUAUUGGGGUGAUCUUCUGAAUUUUAAAUUUUGUUUGUUAUUUUAUAAAUUUAAAUAAUAUAUGCAGAAGUCAGAUAUCAACAUUUUGCUUCCUGUUUAUUUGAUCACAGUAGUCUAAUGAUAUUUACCAUCUGUUUUGAAAAAAAUUACAUGUCAUUUUUCUGAAAGCUAAUUUCUUACUCUAAAAAGAAACUUAUUAAAUUGUUACAUCUGCUGAAAAUUUAUUACCAAUUUACAAAUUUAUUUGCUGUUCAAUUUUUUUCUGCAUUUAUUGGUUCAAUUUUGUUGGUGAUAUUUAGUUGAAUUGUAGAUUAUUGUUAUGUAGUUUUCAUAGCAAAUGCAUGAGUAAAUAUAAUUCAAUUUAUACCUUUUUUCACUCUCUUGAGAUAUUUUAUUAGGGAUUGUUUUGUGUUUUAUAAAUUUUUAUAAAUUAUAAUUUCAGUGAUCUGGUUUUC